AUGCAGAAUGAAGUGGAAGUAAUACUACUCGAAAGAAAUUCCACACCUGAAGAAACUAUUGAGGAAAUUAUCUCCCAGUUUGAGAAUCUUCAUAUAAAGGAUAGACAAUUGAGACUUAAGGAAAGAAUCGACGAACUAGACGGAGAAAUCAUGUCUUUGUUGCCAACUGUGGGCAAUAUAUUGGAUAGUAGUGUACCUAUUCAUAAGACAGAUGAUGCCACAUCUGAGCAACCUUUAACAGCGCUUUUUAUGAAUAAGAGGUUAACCGAUUUUGAUUUGCCCAAGAUUUAUGCUGGGGAAUCACUCUGCUUUAGAAAGGAGGCAGGUGCUUAUGGUAAAGACAAUGCGGGAAUAUUUAGGCCUUCUGAAUCCGAAAUGUAUCACGAUCAGAUGUUGAACAUAAGUCGUGAGUUUUAUGAAUCCUUAGACUUAUCCUAUCAGGUGGUUUUGAUAUCGUCAGGAGAGAUGAAUGAUGCAGCAUCUAAAAAAUAUGAUUUGGAAGCAUUUUUCCCCAAUGCUGGUAAAUAUAGAGAGCUAGUCAGUGCCAGUAACUGUACAGAUUAUCAAUCUAGAAAUCUAAAUGUCUAUUACGGAUUUACAAAGGCCAAUGAAAAACCUCAGUUUGUUCAUAUGCUGAAUUCCACACUUUGUGCUAUCCAAAGAACACUUUGCUGCAUUGUGGAGAAUUAUCAGGAUGGUCUAAAGAUUAUCGUUCCUGAAGUUUUGAGAAAAUACGUGACAUUUGAUUACAUUGAGUGA